AUGUGUGAACUUGCGCAGGAGCAGAGAUGUAUCCCAAUUUGUCAGCUGGAUUUGUCAGUGAAGGAAAGAAUGCAUUGUCAACGCGAGAAAGACAACCGAUCGCAAUUGACAAUUCCAGUGGAGUACGGUGGUACACGACGAGAUGAUUCCGGUCACUCAGAACAUCCAGAGAGUUGCGUCCGCCCUUACAAACCCGUCACAAGCGCUGAAUACAGAGGAGUAGACGACGUGUGGAGUGACCACGGAUUCUCCAAACCUCCACCAAGUGAGACAUUCACGAUGAAAAGCCACCAGCCUGUUGAACUUGUCAGAGAGUGCAACCGAGCUGGCAGACUUGUCUGGAACUUCGUGAUUACCGGAGAUGUAGAAUUUGAGAUUGUACGACGAGAGAUUGGAAAUGAUGUAAAAGUUUGGCCGAAAAUUGUCUUGACAAGCUUGAAGUACGGUAGUAUACCAACAGUGCCGGGCAAGUAUGUAUUGCGAUUCGACAACCCUUCAACGACGCUGUUUUCAGUUAAGGUCAAAGGUGCCGCGGAAAUCAAAACUAGUGCUGAAUAA